AUGAAGAUACCUUUAUUUUUAAUUAAAUAUUAUCUAAAAAGUCAACAAUAUCACAUACGAAUUGGUCAUAUAUUUAAACAAGGUUUUCAAUGUUGGAAUUAUUUUGGUACACGUAUGGAAUUUACAAUGUUCGAUUAUGAACAACGUAAAAUACCAUACAAUUAUCAAACAUUUCGUCAUGCAAUAUGGUAUACAUUGAAUGCUUGGACAGCGAUUAUUUUUCUUAUGUUUUUAACCAAUGAUGAAACAUUAAUUUCAAUUAAACAUAUUGAAAAAAUAUUUGGAAUCGAUCGAUUGGAUUUAUUGUUGAACGAAAUGAUUAUCAUUUUUUUGAUACUUGAAUGGAUGUGGAUUUUUACAUUCAAAGAAACAUUACGAUAUCGAUUUACAUGGACAUUACUCAUACAUAUUAUCUUCAUGAUGGGUCAAUUGUUCAGAGCGAUGAAUUUCAUUGUUGUGUCUGUGGAAUUUUCCAAAGUACAAAUCAAACAAUUCUUUUCAUCAUUAAAAUUACUUAGAAAUUAUAAUUCAUUUGGUACUGAUCAUCAUUCAAUUUCAUUCAUACAGAAUUCAAUUUUAUUUCUAUCUCGACAACAGUUUGAAUAUGUUAAACAAUAUGCCGAUGUUACGAAAGUUAAUCGUACAGCUAGUCCAUAUUUUGUUUAUGAUGAAAUGAUAUCCAAAUCAUCGAUUAUAAUGGCCUGUUUAUUUACCAGCCGUCAAUUACAAAUGAAUUUAUUUAAUCUUUGCAUCAUACCAGGUUUAUUAUCAAUGUUUUUCUAUACAACUGGAUUGUAUCAAUCUGUAUCGAAUCUGCCAUUAUAUAAUCAACGUAGUGCACGUUUAAUAUCGCAAUGGUUAGCUAAAUUUCAAUGGUUAUCAUCAUCGAUCAAAAAUAAAGCAAUUAAUCGUCGAUUUUCUCAAGCUUAUUUACGAUAUCUAAUAAAAUUGAAUCUAUUCAUACAGACAAUGCCUAACAAUAAAUUCGGUUUUAGCUGUGGUCGAUUAUUUUUCAUUACGAAAUUUAAAUACAUUCAAUUGUUUAUUUUAAACUUUCAUUUGACUAUAAAAUUUUAUAAAAAAAUUUGCAUGUCUCCACAAUGA